GCCGCGGGCCGCGGCGGGGAGGGCAGAGCGGCAGCCGAGCCCGCAGCGGCAGCGCCAUGGCCACCAAGGCUCGUGUUAUGUACGACUUUGCUGCUGAGCCUGGAAACAACGAGCUGACCGUCAGUGAAGGGGAGAUCAUCACAAUUACCAACCCGGAUGUCGGUGGAGGGUGGUUAGAAGGAAAAAAUAGCCAAGGAGAAAGAGGACUUGUCCCAACAGAUUAUGUAGAGAUUAUAACUGAUGGUACAAAAGAUGGAAUUAGUUGUGGCAAUUCAUUAGCUGACCAAGCCUUUUUUGAUGCCCUCUCUUCAAAUACAGCUCAGACCAGCUCGGCAGCAAAAAGCAGUAAUCAGGUAAAUAGUGCCAGUGAUCCUUGGUCAGGCUGGAAUAUUGGGAAGUCUGGGAACUGGGAUAAUGGAACCGCUGGAGACAGCUGGGCAACAAAAGCUGAAAGUGCAGCUGGCCAGAGGAACAGUGCUUCGAAUAACUGGGAUGCAGCAGCAACAUUUGGUCAUCCACAGGCAUAUCAAGGACCAGCAGCUGCUGAUGACGAUGAUUGGGAUGAUGACUGGGAUGACCCGAAAUCAUCUUCACCAUCUUACCUUGGCUACAAGGAAACUGAGUCGUCAGAGGCUGGCGGGUCCCAGCGUGGAAACUCUCGUGCAGCUGCUAUGAAGUUACCACUUAACAAAUUUCCUGGAUUUGCAAAACCUGGAAUGGAGCAGUAUCUAUUGGCAAAGCAGCUAGCAAAACCAAAAGAGAAGAUUCCCAUAAUUAUCGGUGAUUAUGGCCCAAUGUGGGUUUAUCCUACCUCUACAUUUGAUUGUGUGGUGGCAGAUCCCAAAAAAGGUUCAAAAAUGUAUGGUCUGAAGAGCUACAUUGAGUAUCAGCUGACCUGCACUAACACUAAUCGAUCUGUCAACCACAGAUACAAGCACUUUGAUUGGUUGUAUGAGCGUCUUCUGGUUAAAUUUGGAUUAGCCAUUCCAAUCCCAUCUCUUCCAGACAAGCAAGUAACAGGGCGCUUUGAAGAAGAAUUUAUCAAAAUGCGUAUGGAGAGGCUGCAAGCUUGGAUGACAAGGAUGUGUCGCCAUCCUAUUGUUUCAGAAAGUGAAGUUUUCCAGCAAUUUCUCAAUUUCCGAGAUGAGAAGGAGUGGAAAACUGGAAAGCGGAAGGCAGAAAAAGAUGAAACUGUAGGAGUCAUGAUCUUUUCCACAAUGGAACCAGAAGCUCCUGACCUUGACAUGGUAGAAAUAGAACAGAAAUGUGACGCAGUGGGUAGGUUCACCAAAGCAAUGGAUGAUGGAGUUAAAGAGCUGCUGACAGUGGGACAAGAGCACUGGAAGAGGUGUACAGGGCCACUGCCCAAGGAAUACCAGAAGAUCGGAAAAGCACUGCAGAGCCUGGCACUGGUCUUCAACACUAGUGGUUACCAAGGGGAAUCUGAUCUCAAUGAAGCAAUAACAGAAGCAGGAAAAACCUAUGAAGAAAUCGCCAGCCUUGUAGCAGAUCAGCCAAAGAAAGAUCUGCACUUCCUGAUGGAAACAAAUCAUGAGUAUAAGGGAUUUCUUGGUUGCUUCCCUGACAUCAUAGGAGCUCAUAAGGGAGCAAUAGAAAGAGUGAAGGAAAGUGACAAGUUAGUUGCAACCAGUAAAAUAACACCACAGGACAAACAGAAUAUGGUGAAACGUGUGAGCACAAUGGCUUAUGCACUACAAGCUGAGAUGAAUCACUUCCACAGUAACCGGAUUUAUGACUACAACAGUGUCAUUCGUCUUUAUUUGGAGCAGCAGGCACAGUUUUAUGAAACGAUUGCACAGAAGCUGAGGCAGGCACUCAGCCGCUUUCCUGUGAUGUAGAGAAUAAGGAGUACUCAACGACGAAGAACCACCUUGAAGUGCUUUUCUGAUCUGGGGGCAAUGCCAAUAAAAACUUGUUAGCCUUUGCCAGCCAAAAAACGAAUCAGUUAUGGGGAAAAAAAAAAAAAGAAGAAUUAUAUAAAAUGUUUACUUUAUCAGCCUGAAUCCAGAAGAUAAUGUUCUUUUUUUUUUAUCUUGGAUGCUCUCCCCUUUGUGUCAUUAUUUAAGCAAAAACAGCUAGAUAAUGCUGUCGGUUGUAGGGUUCUAAAUCAUCAAACUGGUAUGUUGCCAUGGACCUUAUGCAGACUUGCAUCUAUCAGAUGCUAUUCCAAAAAUUCUUUGUCAGCAUCAGAAUUACAAUUUUUGUAAGUGAGGAAGCGGGUGAGCUUGGGAAAAUGAUUUCCUACUCAUUAUACUCAGUUCUCCAGCAAUUCAGUAGCCAGAAGGGAUUGUACUUGUGACUGUUUCUAGUAUAUGUUGAUGAUUAUCGGCUGAGCAAACACUUGUUCUAAGUUUUGCUUCCCACACGUGGCCAUGGCAUACCGCUCCCACUGUGACUUCUGGUAAAUAUAAUUCACUCUUCUUUCUUCUUUUCUUUGUAACUAAACCUUAUUCUUGUGGCACAACACCUCAGAGCUUCUGUCAGGCUCUUUCUUUCUCGCUAUGCACUGUGUAAAAAGACAAAGUACAAACAAGGAAAGAGCCAUUCAGGAAGGUGUGAAAAACAGUUUUCCAUGCCAGCAUUUUGACACCCACACAGUGUUAGGCCAUAGGGCACUGGUGUUCCUCAGAGCUGUACCUCUUUGAGAGUUUUAAGCCUUUCGGUAAAGGGGACCCUCACGUCUUCACAAACUGAUAUAAGUCCUCCAGUUCUGGCAGAGCUCAGGUCUUCAUGUUGCAGUAUGGUGUGCUGUUGGCUUGGGUUUACUUUCUGUUACCUUCUAAUACAAACUGAAAGGUGACAAAGGUACGUCAGUUAUCACACAAAUGUACUUUGCUCAUCGUAUCUGAAGUUGAAGUCACCUUUCUUAGUACUAAAAUAUCACCUGGGGCCUGGGCUUUUUAUAACAGCGCUGUUCUAAGUGGGCACCAACUACGGUAAUUCAUUUAAUGCCAUAAGCAAUCCAAAAAGCCAAAGUGCAAUUUUUUUUUUUUUUUGCAAAAAUAUGACUAGAAUCUAAAUAUUUUAGCAAACUUUUAAAGCAAAGGCAUUUUCCCAUAAGCCAUUCUAGGAGACGGGUACAGCCUGCUGGUUGAAUAGUUGCCUUACUCGAUUUUGCAUUGGUGUUAUUUUUGUGUGCUAGAAGGAAAAUCUAGGUCUGCCUGAAUAACCUGAAACCAAAAUAUAAGAGACUUCAGCCUAAGUCCAGAUGCUUCUCAGUGUCAUGGGUUUUGUUCACGUUUUAUAAACCUUGUCUUUCUCUCCUCCCAAUUCUAGUUGUUCGCUUCCAAAAUUCCAUAGCGCAGUGUUGUUUGAUACAGCCAUUUAAAUAUGUACAAAUUGUAAAGAAUGUGUAUAAAUGUUUUACACCAAAUGUAAGAACUGCUUGCAUGCAGAAGCAGCUUAUAUAAUAAAUUGUUACAAUGUGUACAGUACAUUCUGAAAUCACUUUUUCAAGCCAGCAUUUUUUUAGCAUUUGUAUAUUCACUUUUGGUAAUGAAAUCUCUUUGUAAUGAAUUCUUCAUUUGGGAGGGGGAAGGGGGGGUUCUUUUUACCAAUCUUUGAAUAGCUCCAUAUGCACUAAAGUUGAAAGUUCUUUACUUUGAAUAGAUUGUUUUGGAAUCUACAUGUAAGCUGUGCAUUCCCGGUGCAGGGAAGCUGUGACAGUAGCGACUGUGUCAGAGAUGCAACAUUUUGGCAAAAAAGGAAAACUGUUUAAGGACUUCAAGUAAAAUGAAGUACAACUGAUAAUAAAUAUUUAUCUAUACCCACAA